AUGACGGCAUCAUUGUGGCUUGUCCCGCGCGAGAACAACCCGUUCACCAAGACCACAAUAGAGCUGAUCACCGAGACGGUACCCUCGAACUUCGUCUCACUACUGGAGGGCAAGAAGGUCAACUUUGAGCCCCACGUCACAGUAACGUCCGACAUAGAUGCCUCAAAAUAUGGAGACAAACCACAAGAAUGGCUGGACAGCCUGAGCCUCCCCGAAUUCAAGAAGGAAGUCAACGACCUGGUCCUCGAGAUGGAUGAGGUCGAAGCCGACGAUCCGUAUUUCCGGAAACUCACGAUCAAAUUGCUCAAGAACGACAACUUGAUCAAACUCGCCGCUCAAUGCAGGGCAGACGCAGUGGACAGCGAGUCCGCACAGAAAUGGGCCGAGACCGAGUACAGCCCGCACCUGAGUCUCAUGUAUGCCGAUAUACCGCGUGCCGAAGUCAAGAAGAAGGUUCCGCUUAUCGAGAUGCAGAUCGCGUACGCAAUAGGAGAUCUCUUUGCGUGCUGUGGCGGGACGUUGUGUAUGGGUGGCUAUCUGGUACUGGUCGAUACUUCGAAGCCUGUGGAUGAGUGGAAGACCAUCGCGAAGCGAGAAACUCCGUGGGCCAUGUGGAAAAUGACCAGAAACAUGAUCUGA